CAACAAUAUAUAAAAUAUAGCUAGGAACGGAAUUCAUUAUUCAGUGGUGACACCAUCCAUGAACUGCACAAGCAGUUGCCGCUUUUAGCCAACUGGCCAAUAUGGUCUCGGUGGUGACACGGCCAUUUUCCACCUUCCGGUGGCCGCUGGCUCUCAAAUUUCCGGUCAGCCUAAGAAUUCCGGCCCAAUUCGGAGCCCUAAUCACCGUCUACCACCAGCUUUCGAGGUUUUUCCGGUCGGAAUCUGGCGCCUCUGUAAUUUCGUUUGUAUUGAAAUCUGCUAGUAUUUUUAUUGCGAUGACUUUGCCUGCAUGGGUACUUUUGUGCUUGGACAGAAGAAAGAGAAGGAGUGAAUCUAUUGUUCCGGUGGCGGAGGUCAACCACGAGUCGCCGGAGAGGAUGGGUUUCGGGCCCAGGGACGACGAUGAUGAAACUCAUUUUCAAGAAAUUUUACUGUCUUCCAUCUUCACUCCCGAAACACCACCUCAUAAUCCCGACCAAGAACCCGAAAACCCACCCCAAAUCCUCUGCGAGAUCUGCCUCGAGGACAAGGACAGCUGGCAGAUGUUCGAAAACGAGGGGUGCCCCCACACGUUCUGCUACCCCUGCACAUCCCGCCACAUCAGCACUAAAAUCCAAGAACAAGCCCACCACAUAACCUGCCCAGCCCCAAAUUGCAAGUCUGUCCUAACAUACGACACAUGCAAAUUCAUGAUCCCAAAUGACACUCUCGUUAAGUGGGAUCGACUCCUCUGCAUAUCCCUAAUUCCCGAGCCUCACAAACUGUACUGCCCUUUUCGUGACUGUUCAGCCCUUCUCAUUUACGACUCACUUGAGGUUAUUGAGCAGAUUAGAUGUCUCGUCUGCAGACGGGUUUUUUGUGGGGAGUGCCGUGUGCCAUGGCAUUCGGAGUUCAGUUGCAGGGAGUUUCAGAAACUGUGUAAGGGAAAGAAUAAAGAUAAUAAUAAGAUUUUGAAGGUGCUGGCGAAGAAGAAGAAUUGGCAGAAAUGCCCCAAGUGUAAGAUGUACGUGGAGAAGAGUGAGGGUUGUGUGCAUAUAACUUGCAGGUGUUCGUACGAGUUUUGUUACAGGUGUGGCGGGAAAUGGGGCGAGUCUCACGGAAAAUGCGUGACGAGAAGGAGGUGGAUUCCUUACCUAUCUAACUACUAGGUGAGUGUUUGGAGGUUGAAGGUUGAAGGGGGGUUUUGUUGCAUUCUUGUAUAUAUAUGUUAAUAUGGUUGUUCUUUUUCUUUUUUCCUUUCUGUUCUGCCCUUUUGAUUGAGUGGCGUUUUAGGUUCGUUUUCAGUAUGGUAUUUAGGAGUAUUGGUGUUUUAGGUUCAUUUUAAGUAUGGUAUUUAAGAGUAUGUGNAGAAAACUAAUUGAGCCCGUACAAUUGCAAUUUUUUUUAUUAUUAUAAUUAUUAUAAUUAUAAUUAUUAUUUGUGAAUGAUGGAAGUACAUAGGAAAGCUAGAACUCUGC